AUGUGGUUUAUGUAUGCCAUAUCAUGGAUAGCAUUUAUUAUUAUUGCUAUUUGUUUAACAAUAUCAGUUGCAGCUGGUAUGUAUUAUGUUGCUGAACUUAUUGAAGAAUAUACAACUGUUGCUAAACGUAUUAUUCGUUUUAUUCUUACUACUGUUACAUGUCUUAAUAUUCUUCUUGUUUUAUUUGAAACACAAUUUACAUGGACACUUUGUUCUAUUGGUAUUCUAUCAAAUCUAAUCUAUUUUUUUAUCUUAGCAGAUUUUCCAGUUAUUGGUUUUCUAUCACCAACAUUUAUUUUUUCAAUGAUUCUAUUAGUUAUACAUCAUUAUUUUGCAUUUUCAUUUUUUAAUAAUAAUUAUUAUCCAUUUCCAGAAAUUCUUGCUUAUUUUACAAUAUUUGUUUGGAUGAUACCAUUUUGUUUUGUAUUAUCAUUAUCAGCUAAUGAUUAUGUAUUACCACAAUAUUCUGAACCACAACGAACUCAUUAUAAUGAUGAUACAAUACUUAAUAAUGGUGGUGAUGUUGUUACAAAUUAUUUUAGAAAACGAGCUAAAAAUUUUGGACUUUUAUCAUUUAUGCGUUCAGUACAAGAUUCAAUUUUACCAACGAGAAAUAAAAAAUUUUAA